CAGUACUGAGGCAGGAUGGGCGUACGGGCGUGGGCGUGGGCGUGGGUGGUGUUGGUGGGAGUGAUCCACCUGCCUGUGAGUGCUGGCGAUUGUCAAGAAUAUUUUAAGUUUCCAAGUGAGAACCAUCCAUCAUUGUUUGAUGGUAAAUGGGUGACUGUUGCCAGCACCAGGAGACUUAUGCCUUGCCACACUCUACACUUCUCUCAGAAUGGAUCUAGAGUGGUGGUGGAGGAGGGAUGGAAGAUGGCAGGAUGGUCAGUAUCAGCCUGGCACUACAACACCACUGCCACCCUGACUCUCAGAGAUGAGCAUCUCUUCGUUACUGAUUUUUCCUUUGAUGGGUUGUUGAUGGGCGGCCGUGUUGAUAUGGGCGUUGUGGGUGACCACAUGUUGAUGAUGCAGUGUUUAUCAGUACUGUCCGUACCAGUACCAGCCAUAUCUGUUUUGUCCAGGUGUGUACCAGCCAUAACUCUUUUGUCUAAGUGUGUGUACCAGCCAUAA